UCGUGCACCUAACACCACGAUGGAUGACUAUCCGAUGUAUGGGUUGCUUGUGGGGUUCUCCCUCUGGGAAACCCUCUGGCAUCUCCUCUUUCCUCUGGGGUUCUGGCACACGAUGAUGUGCAGAGUAAAUACCCGGGGUGGUACCUCCACCAAGCCAUACACGAAGGAGGAGGAGGACAAGAUGGCCGCCAUCUUGCAGGAGAGGAAGGAGAAGAAGGAGGCCAAGAAGAAGGCCUUGAAGGAGGAGCAGGCGGCCAAAUUGAAGAAGAUGGAAGAAGAGAUGGCCAGGGAGAAAGAGAGGCUGAAAAAGGAAGAAGAAAAGUUGAAGGAGGUGGAUGAAGAAGAGGAAGGACCGCCACUGCAAAGGAAGAGUGGGCAAAACAGUGGCAGCAGCGGUGAUGAGAUGGAGAAGAAGAUUUCGGAGUGGGUCGCCAACUUAUCUCUGGGCGAGGAAGAAGAGGUGAUGAUGUACAUCCCAAAGGAUGACCAAGAGGCUGCCAUGAAGGCUUGGGAUGUAGAGAAAGACCCCUGGAGGAUCAGCCGAGGAUGGAACCUCCAACAAAAAGUGGAGAUCAUCGCCCAGAGCAUCGAGCGUUUAGCUAGGGUACAAGAACAACAAUAUGAGUUUAGUCGCAGCCAGGAUAUAGCUGUGCGUUCGAUGCGACUGGGAUUUCGGAACUUUGCGCGUGAAUUAGUAGGCGCAAUAGAAGCCGAGGUGAGCCAUCGCCUCGAGAAGACGGAACGCUUCUGCGUCGGCGCCAUUGAAGGCGUCAAGGUGGCAGCUCCCAAGGAGAAAGAGGCACGUCCUCGCAGGGAGCCAGUCAAAGUCAAAUUCCCCGAUUCCUACAGUGGGAAAAGGGAAGAGAAUUUCGACAACUGGGAGGCCAACGUGAAGACCUAUGUGCAUCUGCAACAGGUCUCCCCGGAUCAGCAGGUUCUAAUUGCGAUCCACGCGCUUAGAGAUGAGGCCGCCAGCUUUGCAAGGUCCCUAGUUCGUGCCGCUAACUGCAAUGACGAUCCAGUUGCAUAUUCGUCAUUCACUCCCCUCGCCGAUUUUCUGAAGUUGCUGCGCGAGCGAUUUGCAGAUGUCGCUCGAAGUGUCAAAGCCUCAGAUAGGCUUCAGCCCAUCCACUCGCACCAAUGGAAGAGUGCCAAGGCACUCAAAGGCAAAAUGGAUGAGCUAGUGGUUGUUCCUGACCACAAGGUCACAGAGACCCAGUUGGUCAACCUCUUCUACCGGGCUAUGCCCGAAGCGCUCCGUGGUCACUUCUUUGCGAAGAGUCAGGACCCUGCUAUGACUUAUGAUGCACUUAGCAGGGAAGUGGCGUAUUUCCGCCUAGAGAAAGAUGGGGAGGUGGAGAAGGUCCUCCACUCCCUGACUCUCCUCGUGGAAGACAGCCUCCCGUUUGACAUUGUUCUGGGAAUGGAUUGGGGAGAGGCAGCCGGAGCCACGCUCCAUUUGAAGGAGCACGAGUGUAGGCUCCCUAGUUCUUCAGGCGAGGCUAAGACUGCCCGCCUGUUCCAUGUGUCAGGAGUAGAGAACCCCUUGGCACAUUGCUGUCUUAGUGCUCCUGGGUUCGCCAGAUUGGUGAAAAAGGAGAAAUUGGAGGAACAGGUUUUUGUUGCCUAUGUUAGGCCAGUGACUGAGCCUACGGAAGAAAAGUCGAUGGACCCUGCGAUUGCCAAGCUGCUGGAGGAGUUCAAGGAUCUAACUGAGCCGCCGAUAGGAGUAGUCUUGGAGAAGUUGAGGGAAGCUAACUUCAAGAUCAAUGCAAAGAAGUGCGAUUGGGCGAAGACCCAAGUUUUGUAUUUAGGCCACGUCUUAGACGGAGACGGCGUCAAGCCAGAGGAUAGCAAGAUCGCAGCGAUUAGAGAUUGGCCGACACCGCGUACGUUGACAGAGUUGCGGUCGUUUUCAGGCCUAGCCAACUACUAUACGAAGUUCGUAAGGAACUUCUCCACCAUCGCUGCGGCCCUUCGCGGAUUGCUCAGGAAGGAGACCAUCUGGAAGUGGGACAAGGACUGCACGUCUGCUAUGAAGAAAUUAAAACAGGCGUUGAUAGAGUAUCCGGUCCUUAAGGUCGCCGAUCUGUCCUUGCCUUUUGCCGUUACUACGGAUGCUAGCCAGUACGGCAUAGGCGCAGUGUUACAGCAAGACGAUGGCAAUGGGUAUAGACCCGUAGAGUUCAUGUCCGCCAGGAUGCCUUCAGAGAAGGUUGCGACAUCUACCUUUGAGAGGGAACUCUACGCUCUCAGGCAAGCGUUAGACCACUAGAAGCACUACUUGCUUGGGAGGCACUUCAAAGUCUAUUCAGACCAUGAG